AUGAAACUCCUAUCGCAAGACGUCGAUAAAAAUGGUGAGGGCACUGUUGCUCUCAUCCCCGAAGAGCCAGAAGAUAUGUGGCAUGCUUACAAUCUUAUUUCUGAAGGAGAUUCUGUAAGAAGUACUACAAUUAGAAAAGUUCAAUCUGAGUCUUCAACUGGUUCCUCCACAUCUAGUAGAGUUAGAACAACAUUAACAAUAUCAGUGGAAAAUAUAGAUUUUGAUACACAGGCAUGUAUGUUAAGAUUAAAAGGAAGAAACAUUGAAGAAAAUCAAUAUGUUAAGAUGGGAGCAUACCACACCUUAGAUCUGGAACUUAAUAGAAAAUUCUCACUCAGAAAACCAGAAUGGGAUUCUGUUUCACUAGAGCGUAUAGAUAUGGCAUGUGAUCCAACAAAAAGUGCAGAUGUUGCUGCUGUCAUCAUGCAAGAGGGACUUGCACAUGUAUGUCUAAUAACUUCCAGUAUGACUCUUGUACGAGCUAAGAUUGAUGUUAAUAUUCCUAGAAAGAGGAAAGGAUUUGUGCAGCAACAUGAAAAGGGAUUGGCUAAAUUUUAUGACACUGUGAUGCAAGCCAUUCUAAGGCAUAUCAACUUCGAUAUUGUUAAAUGUAUACUGGUUGCAUCUCCUGGAUUUGUGAAAGAUCAGUUUUAUGAGUACAUGUUCCAAACUGCAGUUAAAACGGACAAUAAAAUUUUGCUAGAAAAUAAGUCAAAAUUUAUGUUGAUUCAUUCUUCUUCGGGUUUUAAACAUUCUCUACAAGAAAUACUUCAAGAUCCAUCUGUUAUAAACAAAAUAUCUGACACAAAAGCUGCUGGUGAGGUAAAAAUCUUGGAAAAUUUCUAUACCAUGCUUCAAUGUGAACCAGCCAAGGCGUUUUAUGGUAAAAAACAUGUGGAACAAGCAAAUUCGGAACAGGCAAUUGAAACUUUGCUUAUAUCAGACAAUUUGUUUAGAUGUCAAGAUGUUAAACUGCGGAAGGAAUACGUUAAUUUAGUGGAUUCAGUCAGAGAAUCAGGUGGGGAUGUCAAGAUAUUUUCCAGUCUUCAUAUUUCAGGAGAACAACUGGAGCAGUUAACUGGUGUCGCAGCUAUUUUGCGAUUUCCAAUGCCAGAAUUGGAAGAAGACAGCGAGGAUGAGAAUUAG